AUGCAGGCAACCCUAGACUCGUCCUCUCUCAAACCUUUCACCAAGGCGCUGAUAUGUUUGUCGAAAUACGGCGACGAGCUCUCGAUAUAUGCAACACCGGAACGCUUGUCAUUGUCUGCCACGAACUCUUCUAAAUCAGCUUAUUGUCGAAUUAAAUACGAGAAAGAAUUUUUUACAAGAUACCGUGUGGCUGACCAUCAGGAAGGCAGAAACGACCAGACAAGCGACAAUGCGGAGAAUUUCACAUUAACAGGACAACUUUUGACGAAAUCGCUGCUCUCUAUCCUGAGGCAUCGCACCAUCGAAAAGGCAGUUGAAAGGUGUGAAUUAUCUAUCGUUGAAGGAGAAGCUGGGAACGAACUCGGCAAUGAAGGUCAAGACGGCCUUGAAAGCAGGUUGAUCGUGAGGUUGCAUUGUAAGCAUGGUGUCGUGAAAACUCACCGUCUCCUUCUCCUCACACCAACAUCUCUCAUGGCGCCCGGGGUUCCUAACAAUUCAAAUGAAUCAAGAUUGACGAUUGGUCCUAAGGCUUUAAAAGAUAUGAUUGAGCACUUCCCUGUAUCCAAGGGUGUAAAAGCAGAUCCGCAAUUGGUGUGGAGUUUUGGAAAUGACGAUGUGGCAUUAAAAAGUCUGGAAUCGUCAAUCGACAGUCGAGGGAAAGGCCAACUGUCAACGGAACUCACCAUCAGCGCUGAGGAAUUUGAGGUAUAUGCCAUAGAUGAACCUCCAACAACGAUAGCUUUUCACCUUCGUGAAUUCAAUGCUACGAUUGCAUACGCAGAUAGCAUGUCCCUAGGGAUGGAGCUACGAUUUACCGAUCCUGCCGCCCCCCUUUUCAUUGAUGUGGAGGGGGACUGCUCGGAAGCUCUAUUCGUUAUUUCCACCAGCCAUGUUUCAAGUGCAGGAGCUUCCGCUUCAAAUCAUCGCCGUAAUGUAAACACCAAAAAGCGUGAACGAGAGGAAACACCAGGCCAAACAACCAAAAUCAAGAGGUCCAUGAGGGUUGUUCAACCCAGUCUAGCGAUGGAACGAGAUCAACCCAAUGCCAACCCAGAACCCCAAUCUUGCGCGCCUAGCUCCACGGUCUGUCGAGAAUUCCGUCAAACCGACAUGCCACCUCCCUCCUCCUUCCCUGACGACUCAUCGUCUAUGGAAAAAGUUCAGGAACCUUUAUUUCUCCCAAGUUCCUCUCAGCUGUCAGCUGUUGAUGAAGCUGUGCUUCGAGCGUCGGGAUUAGAAGUCGGCACCAUGGAUGAGCUUACAGAGAUGCUUGAGGGGGAGGGCGAGGAGGUUGUGUUUGGCUCUACAUCUCAACCUCCAGAUCUUGGUCAACGCUGUGGCUUUCAAGGCAAUGGGGAGGAUAGAUUCGAGAUCAUUGAUGAUACAGAAUUAGGUACUACACAAUCGUCCUAUGACAGAUCAAAGGUAUGGGCAACACAGUUCCCCGUGGAUAUAAUGCAUGACAAGAACUGUACUUCAGAUGUUCCAACCUCUGUUUGA